CCAUUUUUGGUAUUUUCGAAAAUACCAUCAUCACCAGAUUUUUAAGGGGGUGCCCUCCCACAAAAGAAAACACCGUAAUUGCAAUUUUUUAAGAAGCCUGCAACAGGAGUUCGGGGCAAAUGGUAAGUUUUAAACGGAAUCCGGAGACAAAGAACGCCACAUCAGACUCUGGAACUGGGGACUGAACCAAGGGGAACAGCCCAUUGCCAUUUUCGCUAGCACGACGUGACAAGAGUGAGAAGAGCCUGACAGGUUUUAGCCAAGGAGCACUACCAACCAGGAGAACCACUUACACGUCUUCCGCCACACAGGAGACACACAUCUUCAAGCUUACAUCCUGGCCACCUGACACGCACACACUAACAACCAAGAACCAAGAGAGAUCCCCGACAGAGAGAGAGAGAGAGAGCGAGAUGUCCGAGAAGAACCUGAAAGUGGGCGCCCGCGUCGAGCUGACCGGCAAGGAUCUGCUCGGCACGGUCGCCUACGUCGGCAUGACCAGCUUCGCCGUCGGCAAGUGGGUGGGCGUCGUGCUGGACGAGCCCAAGGGCAAGAACAGCGGCUCCAUCAAGGGCCAGCAGUACUUCCAGUGCGAUGAGAACUGCGGCAUGUUCGUGCGGCCCACGCAGCUGCGUUUGCUGGAGCCAGCUCCAGGUUCCGCAUCUGGCAGCCGGCGCAGCACCGAGGACGUUAGCGGGGCCACGCCCACGACCGCCCAGCCCACAAAGGCGCGGCUUAGUGGGUCGCGCACCUCGCUCUCCUCCAGCCGGCAAUCGCUCCUGGGCUCCCGCACCCAACUGGCCACGUCCCUGAGCGAGCGCACUGCCUCCAGCAGCAGCAUCGGACCGAGGAAGAGCCUGGCGCCGCAGAACAGCAAAGACAAGGAGGCAUCCAGCACUUCCUUGGCCGAGGGUGCCGCCGGCGGCAACGGAUCCGGUUCGCACGCCUCCUCGAAGAGGGCCUCGUUCGUGGAGACGGGUUUCCUGGAGAUCCUGAAGCCACAGUUCACGCCCUCGCAGCCGAUGCGAUCGCCCUCCUUCACCACACCGCCCAACUCCGGGGCCGAGGACAAGACCGCCCUGCUGGAGGCGCAGAAAACCAGCGCGGAGCUCCAGACGCAGGUGGCCGAUCUCACCGAGAAACUGGAGACACUCAAGCAGCGCCGGAACGAGGACAAGGAGCGGCUGCGCGAGUUCGACAAGAUGAAGAUCCAGUUCGAGCAGCUGCAGGAGUUCCGCACCAAGAUCAUGGCAGCGCAGGCCUCGCUGCAGAAGGAACUGCAGCGCGCCAAGCAGGAGGCCAAGGAUGCCAUCGAGGCCAAGGAGCAGCACGCCCAGGAGAUGUCCGAGCUGGCCGACAACGUGGAAAUGAUCACCCUGGACAAGGAAAUGGCCGAGGAGAAGGCCGAUACUCUCCAGCUGGAGCUGGAGUCGUCCAAGGAGCGCAUCGAGGAGCUGGAGGUGGACCUGGAACUGCUCCGCUCCGAGAUGCAAAACAAAGCGGAGGCCACCCUCAGCAACAUCUCCAGCGAGGGUGGUGGCGAUGCAGUGGGUCUCUCCACCUACGAGUUCAAACAGCUGGAGCAGCAGAACAUCCGUCUGAAGGACACUCUGGUGCGGCUGAGGGAUCUGUCCGCCCACGACAAGCACGACAUCCAGAAGCUCAGCAAGGAGCUGGAGAUGAAGCGAUCCGAGGUGACCGAACUGGAGCGCACCAAGGAGAAGCUGAGCGCCAAAAUCGACGAAUUGGAAGCCACAGUCGCCGACUUGCAGGAACAAGUCGAUGCUGCACUCGGGGCUGAAGAGAUGGUCGAGCAACUGGCUGAGAAGAAAAUGGAACUGGAGGACAAGGUGAAGCUGCUCGAGGAAGAGAUCUCGCAGUUGGAGGCUCUGGAGGAGGUCCACGAACAGUUGGUGGAGAGCAAUCACGAACUGGAACUGGAUCUGCGCGAGGAACUGGAUCUGGCCAAUGCCGCCAAGAAGGAUGUGCUGCGGGAGCGGGAUGCGGCCAUAGAGACCAUCUAUGAUCGCGACCAGACCAUCACCAAGUUCAGGGAACUGGUGCAGAAGCUGAACGACCAGUUGACCGAACUGAGGGAGCGCAGCUCCAGCAACGACAAGGAGUCGCUGCAGGACCCGAGCCUCAAGCUGGCCACAGAGACCAUCGACUACAAGCAGAUGUUUGCCGAGUCCAAGGCCUACACUCGCGCCAUCGACGUCCAACUGCGCCAGAUCGAACUCAGUCAGGCCAACGAGCACGUCCAGAUGCUGACUGCCUUCAUGCCGGAGUCGUUCAUGAGCCGUGGCGGUGACCACGACUCUAUUCUGGUGGUGCUGCUGAUCUCCCGCAUCGUGUUCAAGUGCGGCAUUGUGGUGUCGCAUACACGUGAGCGUUUCCCGGCUGUGGAUGCCAUCACCAGGGAGGCGGUCACACAGGGCCAUGCCGUGCAGCAGUACGCCUUCAAGUGCCGGCUGCUGCACUACGUCCAUAGCCUGCAGUGCGCCCUGCACCAGAUCCUGUACGGCCUGAACAGCUGCCAGCCGGAUACGCUCCUGAGAGCCGGCAGCUCCCUGCCAGAGAUGGUGGCCCAGGAGAAGAUCGUAGACGGGAUCAUAGAGCUGCUGAAGUCGAAUCAGUUGGACGAGAACAGCACCACGGACAACAUCGAGAAGUGUGUGGCGUUCUUCAAUGCCAUGAACUCGGUGCUGCUGGCCGGCGAGGAGCUGCUGAACGAAAUCCAGAUGAUUCGCGACUGCGUGGCCUCGCUGGGAGCCGCCUGCGAGAGCAUACUGAGUGACACGGCCACCGCGAAGGUGAUCAUCCAGGAGGCGGGCGCCACCAGCGACUCGGUGCUGCUGAUUCAGUUCCUGAACGAGAGCAUGGAGAGCGUGCGGCAGCAGGUGAAGCUGAUCAAGCGCCGGCUCCCCAACGACCAGCACGUCAUCAAGAGCGGCCUGUCGCAGCACAAGGUGGAGGCGAUGCGGGGCAUGGCCCAGAACAUCAGCCGCAUCAUGUCGGCCAUGAACCAGGCCACACGGCAUUCCUUGGCCGCCAUCGUGUCCACCAUCGAGAGCGACAAUGCGGCGGAGCAUACGAUACCGCAGGACAAGUACUGGUCCCUGCUCUCCGCCGCCUGCGAGCGGAUCUACGAGCAGGACGAUCGCGGACCCACCCACAACUUCAAGACGCUGCUGACGCAGGCCAACUCCGACCUGCAGCACAUUGCCCAGCACCUGCUGGACAAAGAGUACGAGAUUAUGUCGGCGGCCAAUGCGACCAAUGCCGCACAGCCACGCUCGGCCGCCCAGAGCACACCCAUCGUGCAGCGGGCCCAGCUCAUCAAGAAGCAGCUGGAGCAGAAGAACGUACUGGCCGCCACGCUGGAGAACCGCGAGGCGGACAUCAAGUCACUGAAACUGGCGGCAAAGAUGAAGCAGAACGAGCUGAGCGAGAUGCAGAUCCGCAAGGACCUCGCCGAGAAGAAGCUGAGUGUCCUGCAGAACGAGUUCGAGAGCACGGUGUCCAAGUGGAAGCAGCAGUACGAGGAGACGCGCCAGCAGCUCCAGCUCAAGGAGAAGGAGUUCGAGGAGACGAUGGACCACCUGCAGAGCGACAUCGACGCCCUGGAGAGCGAGAAGAGCGAUCUGCGCGACAAACUGAAACUGAACACCAGUGCGGGCAAGAACCAGUCCGUCUCCGACACCCACUCGCCGCACAAUCUCUCCGCCGCUGGAUCCGGCCAUGGGGCUGCUGGUAGCACCAACAUCAGCUACUCGGCGCCGGCGGGCACUGCUCCCGUGGUGGCCGAGGAGGUGCUUCUCCUCAAGAACGCCUUCAAUCAGGAGCGCAGCGAGCGAAUGCGCCUGCAGGCGCAGGACAUGCGCGCCAAACUGUCCCAGUUCGAACCUCUCUACGUGCCGCAGCCACAGGAUCAGCGCAUCAAUGCCCUGGAAUCGGAACUGACCCGGAUGAAGCACGCCUGGGUGCUGUCCCUGCUGCAGGUGCGCUCCCAGGAUGCCGUGGGUGCGGGCAACAUCAAUUCGGUGGCGCUCCAACGGCGGCACCAGCCACUGCCACCCAAGGGCGAGAUCAGUUCGAAGGCCUCCCAGCUGGCCUCGGACAUCCUGACGGAGUACCUGCACCGGAAACCACAUCGCGCUACUCACGGCCAGUUCGCCUCCUUUCCCACCGUCGACGUGAAGCGUGUGCUGCAGAUCUGAGCGGGUGAUGGACCGUGGCAAUGGGAACGGGGCAUAGAAUAGAAUUCGUAUCUGUAUUUUUAGCACAAAAUCGUUUCGGGAGCAAUAUACUCUACAAAUCACAAGCUGCUUUUCCCAAAAAGGCCAAAAAAAAAAAACUUGUAACCUUUAACUCCUCAAGACUCCCUGCUCCUGUGAUGAGGCCUAAACAUGAUUGAGAAAUUAUAAUUCUAUACUUAAUUUAUGUUUUUUUUUGUAAAAAAUAUUAUAUAUAUACUCUGUUUUUUAACUCUCCAGCGAAGCCUAAUUCUGAAACUAAACUCAAGCGAUCUAGUACCGGUAUUAUUAUCUAUGAAGUCUAAGCCAGGGCAGAAAUUUACGUGACAGACACAACUAACCAGAGAAACAAAUCUAAUUUGCAUAAAAGAGAA